AAGAACACAGCGAGGAUGACGUCAUAGCGGAAGUUAAAGCGGUCCGGUUGUUUUUGUUUGUUAACGUUUCGGUUUUCACGACAAUUGUUCAAAUAAAAUAAAACUCGCCUCAGUUUCGCGGCGAUCACAAGCUGUCGUUUUCUCCAGGACAUGUCUGAAUUAGAAACACAGAAGCCAGACGGGACCUUUUGAUUUAAAAAAAAAAAAAAAUGCCACCAAAGUCCAUCUAAAGGAAGCUCGGACUGAGAUUUAAAAGUGAGCGAUGAAGACUUUGAUGGUGUUCGAUUUCGACCACACGGUGGUCGAUGACAACAGCGACACGUGGGUGAUCAGAUGCCUUCCGGAUCAAAGUUUACCCGACAAGGUGAAGCAUUCUUACAGGAAAGGCCACUGGACUGAGUUCAUGGCGACAGUCAUGAACUACAUAGGGGAGCAGGAAGUGAGCGCGGACAAGAUCCGCAGCGUGAUGGAGGACAUCCCCUUCACGCCGGGGAUGAGCGACCUGCUGACGUUCAUAUCGGAGAACAAAAGGUGGGUGGACUGCAUCGUCAUCUCCGACGCCAACACCCUCUUCAUCGACUGGAUCCUGCGGGCGGCGGGCCUGGGGGCGGCGGUGGACCAGGUGUUCACCAACCCCGCCAGCGUCAACGAGCGGGGGCGGGUGGAGCUGCGCUGCCACCACGCCCACGACUGCGCCCGCUGCCCCGUCAACCUGUGCAAGAGGCGGGUCCUGGAGGUCUACCUGGCGGAGCGCGCCCAGUACCGCCGCGUCUUCUACGUGGGCGACGGCGGCAACGACCUCUGCCCCACUUCCUGCCUGCGCCGCGGCGACGUGGUGAUGCCCAGGAAGGGCUACACGCUGGAGAAGCUGCUGGCCAAGCGGGACACGGACGCCCCGGGGGCCCGGGUGGUCUCCUGGAGCAGCGGCGCCGAGAUCCUGCAGGAGCUGAAAGCCAGCUUGACGUCCUAACACGUCCACCGGCUGCUUGGAAAUGGUUUUACUUUCGCUUUACAGAAUGAAACUGGUUUUAAUAACGGGAGUCAGGGAGGAGUUUGGAAAAGUGACGCUCCCAAAAAAACCACACGAGUCAGCAAUAACAACAAAAUAAAGCUCGCUCUGGGUCGUAUUUGAACCUUCUUUUCAUACACGGUGUGGGAAGCAGAUCAGAAUCAUAUCCGUAUGAAAAUCACAGCACUUCCGAGAGUUGGAAAAGAGACCGAGCUAGACCAGGCGAGGGAACGCGGGUGUGCUGGAUUGGUCUCACGUUUGUCCUCUAAGCUUGGAGAAUAAACCACAAAAUACCAAUUACUGCCUGUUGAUUGAAUAUAAACAUCAGCUUAUUGCCAUGAAAAGAAUCUGGGAGAGACUAGCAAUUUGAAUUCCCCAUUGGAGGAAUGCUGGUCGACGCAACAACGGAAAUACAAAACCCCAAACCAGGGAAGUUGGCACGUUGUGAACAUUAAAUACAAACCCCGUUUCCAUAUGAGUUGGGAAAUGGUGUUAAAUAUAAACGGAAUACAAUGAUUUGCAAAUCCUUUUCAAGCCAUAUUCAGUUAAUUGCACUACAAAGACAACAUAUUUGAUGUUCAAACUCAUAAACUUUAUUUUUUUGUGUGCAAAUAAUUAACUUAGAAUUUCAUGGCCGCAACACGUGCCAAAGUAGUUGGGAAAGGGCAUGUUCACCACUGUGUUACAUGGCCUUUCCUUUUAACAACACUCAGUAAACGUUGUGCUAUUUUAGGCUUCAUAAUGCGCCACACAUUUUCAAUGGGAGACAGGUCUGGACUACAGGCAGGCCAGUCUAG